CUCAUACAGUUCUCUAUCUCAUAUCUUCGAUCUAAAUUCCUACAUAUCCUGGUGUACUGAUGGCUUUUCUUACGUAGCAUCUGAGUAACGAUUGUGAUUGGCCCCAAGGCCUUCAACAUCGAAUGGUUUGUCCGUGAUUUGCCUUAUUUGGCUCUUCUACGCGGCAAUUUGAGCUACAUUAGAUUGCACGAGUACCCAUAAUUUUAGGCUUAGUAUUGCAUAUGGCAAACGAUAUGGAACCAAGCGACCCAAUCGUCAAGUUAAAGGUCACGAAGCCAGCCGGUGAUACGGAAAAUCUCAAUGUCCACCGCGGUGUCCUUUGCAAGAGCUCAGGCUUUUUCCGAAGAGCUACAAAACCAGAGUGGACCGAGUUGAGAGAACAACCAGACACCAUCGAUCUUCCAGACGACUCUGUGCAAACUGUCAGCGACUACAUUAGAUGGCUUUACUCUGGUAACACGUCGAUCAAGCUAUACUACGUGGGCGAGGACAAACGUGAAAGGGUGGCUGAAGAAGCAGAAAAAGUCUUCGUAAUGCUUGCAGAAGCAUAUGUUUUUGGAGAGAAGAUUGUCGAUACGAAGUAUAAAAAUGCAGUGAUGGAAACCAUGAUAGCAGCGAUCGACAGUUCUAAAUGGAAUCCAGGACCUCCUAGUGUUGAUAUCAUCUAUAAGGGCACCCCUUCUACAUCGCCUUUCAGGCGCUUAAUCGCUGAUAAGAUCGCAUGUCUUGCAUAUGAUGACUCGGAGGAAGGAGCUGGCUGGAUAGACUUUUUCGAUGGAUAUCCAAGAGAAGCCUUGGCGGAUGCAAUCAAGGCCAUGGUAAGGGUACGCCCUAGCCCUAAAAAUGAUUGUAUUAUUUCUAUUAGUUCGUAUCUUGAUAAAGAAGAAGAGGAAGGUGGAGUAGAGACAUAGAAUAGUCGCGCAGUCUCAUCCUCAUCCAAGACCCAUCUUGAAGCCUCUUUCAUAUACGACUAGCUGCAGGAGCCAAGGCUUCUCUAAGUAGAACAAAUUGUUCUUGUCGUUACAGUCAAACACAUAUUGCUCGCCGCC